UGGAGGCGCAAUAUAAUUCGUUAUUCCUGGUGAGCGCAAGCCUUACUACCCAAGUUCCUUCGACAGAGAUUCCCUCACCUGGUUCUUUCAGAUUCGCCGCUGAAUCUCGAAAAUGCACAGUGGCGCACAAGCUCUUGUACUCCCGUUACUCUUCCAUCUGGCGAUUACAUCUGAUGCUUCGGCGCCCGAUGAGGGUUUCUGCUCCGUUCCUUCUUUACAUUCCAAGCCAAACUCCCAACCAAACUACUGGAAAGUGACGAACCCAACUCUCUCCCCUUCCCACCUUCAAGAUCUCCCAGGAUUUACUCGCAGUGUAUAUAAAAGAGACCAUGCCCUAAUCACUCCGGAAAGCCAAGUAUUUAGUCCUCUGCCAAAUUGGGUGAAUGCACUGGGAGCUUAUUUGAUCAGUCCUGCAACUGGUUCUCACUUUACAAUGUACUUGGUGAAGAUGCAAGAGAAUUCAAGAUCGGCGUUGCCUUCAAAAGAUGUUGCAAGGUUUGUAUUCGUGCUUCAAGGCAGUUCUUUAUUAGUAGAUGCUUUUGGGAUCACCCAUCAACUCAAUGCGGACUUUUUUGCUUACGUACCUGCUAAUACAAAGCAUCUAUUGCAAAGUGACUCCUUGACUGUACUGGUCAUUUUUGAGCGAAGGUAUGUCAGCCAGGAAGGUUUUUAUCCUGAACAGAUAAUUGGUUCAACUGAUAAGCAACCACUUAUUGAAACUCCGGGGGAGGUAUUUGAAUUGCGGAAACUGCUUCCCACUUCAACACCAUAUGAUUUCAAUAUCCAUAUUAUGGAUUUUCAACCUGGGGAAUAUCUUAAUGUCAAGGAGGUGCACUACAAUCAACACGGCUUGUUGCUACUGGAGGGGCAGGGAAUAUAUCGCCUUGGUGACAACUGGUACCCAGUUCAAGCAGGCGACGCCAUUUGGAUGGCACCAUUUGUACCACAAUGGUAUGCUGCAUUAGGAAAAACCCGGUCGAGGUACCUUCUUUACAAGGAUGUUAAUAGAGAUCCUUUGUAACACAUUACUACAUUUCUGCAUUUCUGCAAAUAUAAUAGGAGUUUACAAUAUCACUCAAGUGGUGAUUUAUUAUAUAUUAUUGUAUUUUACUUAACAUUUCAUAUCAACCACAUUCAAAUGAUCCAAA